AGUAUAAUGGCUACGCUCGAAUGAGACGCGGAUCUUUACCUUCCGCCUUCCGUCGCACAUCAGGCGCACCAGGCUGGUCCCGGCGUCCAAAAUUCUAAGUACAUUCGCAGCCGUCCUCAAAUGACCGUACGGAGACGCCUCGUCGCCGCAAGCGUCGCUUUGAUUCCACGGUAACGAGAGGUAACCCACGCAGUGCCACCGUCAUCGGUGUGCUCGUAUCCGGGCGGAAUUCUCGUCGACGACUUGCCACCGUCCGAUUCAGAGAGCGGACGAGAGCGGUGCCGCGAGGAAGGAAGCGAGAUCGGAGAUAAAUUCUCAGUGACGCACCACCACCUCCGAGGAAACUCGCAGUGGGUUGGCGAGAGAGAACGAUUGCAAGGAUCGAAGGCUCGGCCGACUCUCCUCCAGGGUCGAAGUGAUGAAGGGUCGAUGAAGGAGCACUGGCAUGGCCACGCGACUCAGUCCCCGAAACUCGGAGGUCAACGCUCUCGAACAGCGGGGCUAUCUCAUCGGCAAGAAGAUCGGACAGGGAUCUUACGCGACUGUUCAUCUGGCGGAGUAUGUCGAUGGGACAAGCUCCAAGAAGAUGCGUCUGGCCUGCAAGAUCUUCGAUAAAGAGAAAGCGCCACCCGACUUCCUGGACAAAUUCUUUCCCCGCGAGCUUGAAAUUCUGACAAAGAUAGAAAAUCCGCAUAUAAUUCAAGUACACAGUAUCCUGCAGCGCGGUCCACGUGUUUUCAUCUUCAUGCGCUACGCCGACAACGGCGACCUGCUCGACUUCGUGAAGAAUAAUGGCAUAGUGCCGGAGCAGCAGUCGCGGCUGUGGUUCCGCCAAAUGGCCUCUGGCUUGCAUUACUUGCACAGCAAGAACAUCGCCCACCGAGACCUCAAGUGCGAGAACAUACUCCUGUCGCGAAAGUUCAAUGUGAAACUGGCGGACUUCGGUUUCGCCAGGUUCUGCGUGGACCAUGAGGGCAGGCGAGUGCUCAGUCAGACGUACUGCGGCUCGGCGGCGUACGCCGCGCCGGAAGUCGUCGCCGGCACUCCUUACAAUCCGAAACUGGCGGACGUGUGGUCGCUCGGCAUCAUCCUCUUCAUCAUGCUCAACGCCCGGAUGCCGUUCGACGACACGAAUCUGCCGAAGCUCCUCAAGGACCAGAUGUCGCGCAACUGGAUCUUCCGCUCGCGCGUCCGCAGCACCGUGUCCGCGCUCGCCAAGAGCAUCGUCCGCCAGAUCCUCGAGCCGGACAUGACCCUGCGGCUGACUCUCGAGCGGGUGCUGGGCCACGAGUGGGUGAGGACGAAGAAGGAGAAGCCGGGCUUCCUCGCCGGAAGACUGGUCCAUUCGGCGCCGCCAAGCCACACUCCGGCACCAGAAACAUAGCGAGGGCGUUCCCAACUCUGAGAAAUUCGGACAAUCAGCGUCAAGCGUCCUCGAAGGCGGUGAGCAGCUCAGAGAAAGAUCCGCAGCUGCCCAUCACCGUUGGAUAAAAGGAGAGGAUUCGUCUGAUAUUUUUGAAGAUAUGCAAACACGGUAACAUCAAGAGAUCACGCGAGGAACUUGGAAAAUAAUUUUGGAAAAUAUUUACAUCAUGUAAACGAAUAUUAUUUGUUGAUUCGAAUGUUAUAUUUGAUAUUAAAUAUCGCUUGAAAUUAACCUUCCUUUCUCACGACGGAGAAGAAUAAAGAUUAGGAAAAUU